AUUACUCGAGAAAAACCUUAUCAAGACUGUAUGUCUUGUCGCAUCAUCGGAACCGGAGCCCUCGCAGGCGUCGGAAUAGCUGCGUUAAACAAGUCCCGAGCACACCAACCUGGAUCACUCAUGGGCAAGAGACUUAUGGCUGGAAUGGGU